GUUCUCAAUUUAUUUGGAGAUUUUUUGACUUUCUGGUGUUGGGGGAUUGUUGCGCGAUGGAUGUUGCAGCCCUCCGAGAUCGUAUUCAGUCUACUCUAGACGCGAAUGCGGAUAUUCGCCGGCAAGCGGAGCUUGAUUUGAAAUAUGCCGAGACGCAACCCGGAUUUAUCAAUGGACUCUUGGAUAUCUUGCAGGGCGAACAGAACAAUGCAGUCCAGCUCUCUGCUGGUGUUUACCUGAAGAACCGUAUUACCCGCGGAUGGGCCCCCGUCGAAGAUAGCCCGCAGCGUACGCCAAUUCCUGAAGCCGAAAAGCCCAGUUUCAGGGAGAGACUUAUCCCUGCCCUGGCCUCGACCCCUCCCAAUGUCCGCAAUCAACUGGUUCCCCUCCUCCAGAAGAUUCUCCAAAACGACUUCCCCGAGCAGUGGCCCGGAUUCUUGGAUCUUACUCUGCAGCUCCUCAGCACCAAUGACGCAAGUACGGUCUAUGCGGGUCUGCAGUGCCUUUUGGCAGUCUGCCGGGUUUACAGGUUCAAAGCCGGUGAGAAGAGAGAGGAGUUCGAUAAGAUCGUGGAGCAUUCAUUCCCCCAGCUGCUCAGCAUUGGAUCGAAGCUUGUUGACGAGGAAAGUCUGGAGGCUGCCGAGAUGCUUCGCAUUGUGGUGAAGGCUUUCAAGCACGCAAUUUACUUCGAGCUUUCUCCAUGCCUACAAACCCACCAGGCCACUGUUGACUGGUGUACACUAUUCCUGCGCAUUGUCUCGAAAACACCCCCUGCGAGCUCAAUGGCGGAUUCAAAGGAGGAGAGGGAGAUGAACCACUGGUGGAAGUGCAAGAAGUGGUCAUACGCCAACCUGAACCGCCUAUUCAUCAGAUAUGGCAACCCCACCACAAUCACGAAAUCCUCUACCCCUGACUACACACCGUAUGCCAAGACCUUUAUCAGCACUUUCGCCCCCGAAAUUCUCAAGGGAUACCUGACGGAGAUUGAUAAGUGGGUUUCCAAGACGCAAUGGCUCAGCAAUUCCGCACUGUCGUAUACUUUGGUCUUUAUGGAGGAGUGUGUCAAGCCAAAGGCUAUGUGGGACCACUUGAAGCCGCACAUGGAUAACCUGAUCGCCCACUUCGUUUUCCCUAUCCUGUGCCAGUCCGACGAGGACAUUGAGCUUUUCGAAGAUGACCCAUCUGAGUAUCUCCACCGCAAGUUGAACUUCUAUGAGGAAGUGUCCGCUCCUGAUGUUGCCGCUACCAACUUCUUGGUUUCCCUCACCAAGAACCGCAAGAAGCAGACUUUCUCCAUUCUCACAUUCGUGAACAGCGUUGGAGCUUUGAGAAUGAUUGGAUCGCUCGCUUCCGUCAUUCUGGGCAAGAAGAGCCCGAUCGCUGACCAGGUUGAAUACUUCUUCGUCCGUCACGUUUUCCCCGAAUUCCGUAGUCCUCACGGCUUCCUCCGUGCUCGUGCUUGCGACACACUGGAGAAAUUCGAGCAACUUGAUUUCAAGGACCCGAACAACCUCAUGGUUAUCUAUCGAAACAUCCUCGAGUCCAUGACCGAUUCCGAACUUCCUGUUCGAGUUGAGGCCGCCCUUGCUCUCCAGCCCCUUAUCCGUCACGAUGUCAUCCGUACAUCGAUGCAGCAGAACAUCCCCCAGAUUAUGCAGCAGCUUCUAAAGUUGGCCAAUGAGGUCGACGUGGAUGCUCUGGCCAACGUCAUGGAGGACUUUGUUGAGGUUUUCUCUGCCGAGCUUACUCCCUUCGCUGUGGCGCUGAGCGAGCAGCUCCGCGAUACUUACAUGCGUAUUGUCGGUGAGCUCCUGGAGCGCAACGCCGCCAAGGGUGGUGACGAAGAUGGCUACGGCGAUUUCCUAGAUGACAAGAGCAUCACCGCUCUGGGCGUGUUGCAGACCAUCGGCACCCUUAUUCUCACUCUCGAGAGCACCCCUGACGUGCUUCUGCACCUUGAGACCAUCUUGAUGCCCGUCAUCAGCAUCACCCUGGAGAACAAGCUUUAUGAUCUCUACAACGAAAUUUUCGAGAUCAUUGACAGCUGCACAUUCGCAUCGAAGACCAUUUCCCCAUCCAUGUGGCAAGCCUUCGAGCUGAUUCACAAGACGUUCAAGGCUGGCGCUGAGCUGUAUCUCGAAGACAUGCUCCCCGCUCUUGACAACUACGUCGCUUAUGGCACCGAUAUGCUGGUUCAGAACCCAGCUUACUUGGAUGCUAUGGUCGGCAUGGUCCAGGACAUCUUUUCUGACGAGAAGGUCGGUGGCGUUGACCGCAUCUGCGGUUGCAAGCUCGCUGAGACCCUUAUGCUCAACCUUCGGGGUCACAUUGACCAGUAUAUCCCCAUGUUCAUUGAGAUGGCCAUGCGGGUUAUCGACGCCGGCGAGGCACGCACUAAGUCGUACCGCAUCCACUUGAUGGAGAUGGUCAUCAACGCCAUCUACUACAACUCAGCUCUCAGUCUUCAGGUUUUGGAGGCCAAGGGCUGGACCAACAAGUUCUUCAGCACUUGGUUCGCUAAUAUCGACAACUUCAGACGUGUGCACGACAAGAAGCUCUCAAUUGCCGCAAUCAGCUCACUGCUUACUCUGAAGGCUACCGAUGUUCCAGUCAGUGUUCAGCAGGGAUGGCCAAGACUCUUGCAGGGUGUGACAAGGCUCUUCCAGACCCUGCCUGCUGCUCUCAAACAACGUGAGGAUGCUACCAGAGAGUCUGACUUCACCCUCGAUGACGAAGAUGAUGAGGAUGACGAGGACAAUGACUGGGAUGGAGAUGUUGAGUGGGAUGAAAAUGAGGUUGAAGCAGCUCUUGAGGAAGACGAUGUCGUCGACGAGAGUGCCGCUUACCUCGACUUCCUCAACCAGGAGGCUCAAAAGUUCGGCUCCUACGCCGAUGAUGACGAUGAUGACAUGGACGAGGAAAGCCUUCUUGAGACCCCUCUGGACAAAUUGGAGCCGUAUGGCAUGUUCAAGCAUGUCCUGCUGAGCCUUCAGCAAGAACAACCCCAGCUCUAUGAGAGUCUGACCAAGGUUCUCGGCCCCGAAGAGCAGCAGGUCAUUCAAGGCGUCUUCCACGAAGCCGACGCCAAGGCCAUGGUUGCCGCUGCCAACGCAGAAGCCGCCGCCGCAGCGGGCAUGCAGGCCAACGGCAACUAAGAGACUAUAACCGAGAUGGAUUGAGAAAAACAAAAAAGCUUCGAAUUUCCAAUGCCUCGGACGUCUAG